AUGGCGCACGAUAUUGCUUCCCGCAUCAAGGCGCGGCUAUCGAGGCGGCGACAUUCGACUGCGUCGUCCCUGGCGUCUUCUCGAAGCGGUCUUGGGGAGGCGUCUGUUUCGUCUGUUCCCAGCCAGACCAGCCGUGAGGCAUCGUUUGCCUCGCACGCCCAGCGCACUGCGAGCCAGACCAGCGAUGAACACUCCGAAGCGAUUGGCCAUGGAGCUGCAGCCGGGACCGAAGUCGAAAACGGUGAUGCGGAAGGAGACAGACGACAGCAUCAUGACAAGGACCAGGACGGCUGGGCGGGUGACGAACGAGGCACAAAUCAAGCCAGUGGUCUUGACAGUGAACCCCCCGCUGAAGGCCCGUUCUUCCAGCGCUUCGGAGCCGGCAACAGCGGUGGUGCCCUGGGGGCUUCAGGGAAGGAACGGCCAGCGCAGCUUGAACCCCUCGCCGAGGAAGCCCUCUCACGGCAGAAAUUAGAGGGUCACCCGCUGUCGCAUGUCCCAAAACUGGCCCCCCAGGUCUCCCAGGACCCCCGGAACAUCCCCAUGGGCUCCGUCGACAUGGGCCAGGGCCAGGCACAUCAUGAUAUGGACGCAUCCGACAAGGACCCGCCCCGCCACGACCACCUCCAUGGCUCUGCCUGGGCUGCAUCUCGAUUUGGUCCUCAUCCUGAUCCUUCAACACAAUUGAGCCCAGCUACUGCGGUUCAUUUGCCGCCCCCGCCGCGGUCAACCCCAUCGCCGACAUCUUCGCCCCUUCGAACCUCUCGUUCCUCGACAUUAGCCGUCGGCGACCGCAACUCGCCGCAGCGUGGUGGUGCUGGACGGAUCCAUAACCACGGCCACAACUUGCGGCUUUUCGACAUUGGCUCCUCAGGCUCAGGAGUGAGGGUGCCUCCCGCACAUGCUGGUGACGAUCUCGAAGUUGAUCCUCUCCAACCCCCGCAACAUGGCCGUGAGCUCGACCAGCUGAGCUUCGCGUCCUUUCCUGCAGCUGCGUCGGCAUCUGCUGCGUCGUCUGCCGCCAGUCCGGUAUCCUUCACGAGUGAUCCGCAACCUUCACGGCGACAGAGCCUUUUCGCCAGCCGGCAAACAAGCCUGAUCAAGACUCUUCUCCGAUCCAACCAACCGCAGGCCGCCACAGAUACUGAACAUAGGCACUCUAUAGAUACCAUCAUGGUUACCAGAAAGAUCUGGGUCAGGCGGCCACACGCCUCUGCUACGACCAUCACCAUAAACGAAGAUGACCUGGUCGAUGAUGUUCGGGAUAUGAUUUUGCGAAAAUACGCCAAUUCAUUAGGUCGCACAUUUGAUUCCCCGGACCUCGUCAUCCGUGUACAUCCGCGAGACCAAGAAAAAGAACGGGCCCUUGGCCCGGAGGAAGUGAUGGCUCGAACCCUGGAUACCUACUACCCUGGCGGUCAGACUAUUGACGAAGCUCUCAUCAUCGAUAUUCCCCGACGAACCCCGAAAGCCUCUCCUCGCGUGCCCAUCCCCCCAGGCACUGCUACAACAUACUACAUCACAGAGGACGGCCGACCCUCAGAAGCCGGCGAGGGUUAUUUCCCACCCGUCGUAGCCAUACCAUCACCGCAUGCUUCACAUGUUGUUCCAGCAACAGCGCCCAACGGUACAGUACCACACUCGAUUGCUGUUCUUGGAACCGGCCAUAUCCCUCCUAUUCCAUCUCCAGGUGCCACCAGCAGGUCACGCCUCUACAGAGACCGCCCAGACCGGCCUAGACUAAAUAGGACUCAUACAUCUUCGCCAACGUUGAUGGCCGGUCAUGCUCCAGGGCCGCAAGCCUCCAAUACCGGUAGCCACGGUACGCAGAACUUUGACCCGCGGUUACCCCAUUCCCGAACUCAUUCAAGCUCGUCAGACCAUCCGUCCGGACUCGCAAUGGUGAAAACCCCAAUGACCAAAUCACCUGGUCCCGAAGUAACUCCCGCCAGAAUUGCUACUCCUCCUCCGCGAUCUUCUUCCCCAAGGGCACCGAGUCUUCGUCCGAAGAGAAGCAAAAAAAGCUCAGAACAUCCUGCCGCGGCCGGCACUGUCCUGAACGGGAAUGUCCCUCCCAUCAAUGUUCUCAUCGUCGAAGAUAACCCCAUUAACCUGAAGCUAUUGGAGGCAUUUGUAAAGAGAUUAAAAGUACGAUGGCAGUCGGCCAUGAACGGACAAGACGCCGUCAAAAAGUGGAGGAUGGGGGGGUUCCAUCUUGUAUUGAUGGACAUUCAACUGCCAGUGAUGAAUGGUCUCGACGCAACCAGGGAGAUUCGAAGACUCGAAAGGAUAAAUACUAUCGGUGUCUUUACAUCAACGCCUGACAAUGCGACGGGCAACUCGGAAGAGGAUAUCAAGGAUCAGGAUCGGCUGCAAAACCCUUCUCUUUUCAAAAGUCCUGUGAUUAUUGUGGCAUUGACUGCCAGUUCCCUGCAAAGUGACCGACAUGAAGCAUUGGCUGCAGGUUGCAAUGAUUUUUUGACCAAGCCGGUCAACUUUGUGUGGCUCGAGCGUAAAGUGAUGGAAUGGGGUUGCAUGCAAGCACUCAUCGACUUUGACGCCUGGCGCCAUUGGAAGGAAGAGUUGGCUGUGCAGGAUGCAGAAAGGGAGGAGGCGGCAAAGAAAGCUCUGGCAACCAAGGCCAAAUCGAAGAAGAACCGAUCGUCUCUCUCCACGACUUCUUAG